AUGCCUGCGCUUCGAAGCACAAUCGAUCGCCUCGACAAACCAAGCUCAUAUGCGACAGCAAAGAAACGCAGACGCGACCGUAACACACGCGACGACGACCGCGCCCGCUCGCCCUCGCCUGAAGACAAACUCAAAGAUGCAACCACGCUCUACGUAGGCAAUCUCUCCUUCUACACCACCGAAGAGCAGAUCCACGAGCUCUUCUCAAAAUGCGGCGAGAUCAAGCGACUAGUAAUGGGCCUCGAUCGUUUCCAAAAGACACCCUGCGGAUUCUGCUUUGUUGAGUACUACACACAUCAGGAUGCGCUCGACUGCAUGAAGUAUAUUGGUGGUACCAAGUUGGAUGAGCGCGUUAUCAGGACAGAUCUGGACGAGGGUUUUACCGAGGGACGGCAGUAUGGCCGUGGAAAGAGUGGUGGACAGGUGCGCGAUGAGUACCGAGCCGAGUAUGACCCUGGACGCGGUGGUUACGGAAGGGCGGUGGACGAAUACCAUGAGGCGCAGUAG